GCCGCAUCAUGGAAGGCAGAAAUAAAGGAAAGGUCAAAAUCGCAGAAAUAGAGACUUUGAAUGAGUGAAAUUGAACAACUUUAUGUAAUUUAAAAAAGAAUUUUGAGCCACUCAAAAACCCAAAGAUGUGUACAAUUGAAUGCUGUGAGUAGGAUGAUCGCGUGAAGAAGCAUGUCUCUAAGAUUAAGAUGAAUGUAAUGUAGGCAAUCGAGAUGGUGUUCAUAUUGAGGUUGAUAUUAGCGGCGCAUCUUUUAAUUGGUGGGAUGAGCAUGUGUUUGAAUGAGCUGAGGGCAUGCCAGAUUCCGGAUUUUGAGUCAUCGGGAUGCGGUGUGUACAUAGAGAGGGAGAGAUGGGUUUUUUGUGAAGCUCUUGCAUCAGCCUUAAGGAAUGCCUGCUUCUGCCCAUCUCCAGACACAGAAAAUUGGGGUAUUCUGGGCCGUACUAUUUGCACCUUUGACUUCUUUUACUUAUCCUGUCCAAUUCCUGCUCCUGCUACAGCUAGAGAUCAGUUAUUAAAAACGACAGCAAGAAAAUUAAUUUCGAUAAAUACUUCCCAAACAAGCAGUAUUCAAAAACAAAAGGCAGCUGCUGUGAAGGAAGAGCAUACCUCAACUCUUACUGUGACUGCAAUGCAGACGGUUGGGGCAGCUGGGGGAAUAUUCCUCCUUUCUUGCAUGAUCAUAUGCCCAUGUUUUCGUGUCAAAAAGAAAGAAGCAGAGCGUCCUGUUCUUGCCCAUGCUCCACAUUCAAUGGACUCGAUUUCAUCUUUUGAGGCAAGCUCCACAAGUGAAUUGGCAACAGCUAGCCCUCGUCGAUACAUGCUUUCUCCCCGCCAAAGUAGUAGUGUUGGAGCUAUUGUCUUUACCAUGGCCCAGAUCAACAAGGCAACUCGUAACUUUUCACCAACACUAAGGAUUGGUCAAGGAGGCUUUGGAAUGGUUUAUAAAGGUCAGCUUGAUGAUGGUCGAAUUGUUGCUAUCAAACGAGCAAAGAAGGAUAAAUUUGAUGCACGCUUAACAGCAGAAUUCAGAAAUGAAGUUGGAAUGCUGGCUAGAAUAGAACAUUUGAAUCUUGUCAAACUGAUUGGGUACUGUGAGCAGGAGAAUGAACAUAUUCUUGUAACUGAGUAUGUUCCUAACAGCACUUUAAGGGAACAUCUAGAUGGUCAACGAGGAACAUUCUUGGACUUGUCAACACGCUUGGAUAUAGCUAUUGAUGUUUCACAUGCUCUCACAUACCUCCACCUAUAUGCAGGCCAGCCAAUAAUUCAUCGAGAUGUAAAAUCUUCAAACAUUCUCUUGACUGAAAAUUUUAGGGCAAAGGUGGCUGACUUUGGAUUUUCCAGAACUGGCCCAUCAGAAGCAAAUGAAACUCAUGUUUCAACACAAGUUAAAGGAACAGCAGGUUACCUUGAUCCUGAGUAUCUGAAGACUUACCAGCUAACGCAGAAAAGUGAUGUCUACUCAUUUGGAAUUUUACUAAUAGAAAUUCUCACUGGGAGACGCCCUAUAGAGUUGAAAAAGGAUAUCGAGGAGCGUAUCACUGUCAGAUGGGCAUAUAAGAAGACAAAUGAAGGAAAAGCAAUUGAAAUAUUGGAUUCCAGGUUAGUACGAUUGCCUGGAAUAGAUGUGGUAGCAGAAGAGAUGUUUGAAUUAGCAUUUCAAUGUUCUGCCCCAACUAGAUCAGACAGACCAACUAUGAAUCAAGCAGGAGAACAACUUUGGGCUAUAAGGAAAAACUAUCAGACAUUGAAGUCAGAGGCUAAACCUGAUUGUAAUUAAUUUCUUUUAUUUUUGGUCACACUGCUAAAAAUUCCAAUGUUAUCAGCUUCAAGGUUUUUGCAGUAUUUAUUUCAAAAAGACUAUUUGGUUGUACUUUGUUUGGAGUUAAAUUGAAUUGCCUCAGCAAUGAUCCCUAGGUAGGUGAACGCUGAGUGCAGACGAUUUGUGCAAUACGUAUGACAUCUCAAAGAGUUCGAAAGCAUUAGAAUAGAACCAUUGUAGAUGUAAUUGUUGCCAAAACUGCUAUUGCGCUAUUGCACAUUAACCAUUUCUGUAUUGGGGAUAAGGAAAUGGAAUGGUGCGGGAAAACCAAAAGCAUAGCUCAAGUUUGUGUAAAAGUAAACUGCAGUUGAAUAAUUGUUUGAAUAGGAAAUAAAUAGGUUUAGUGAGAAUAAUCAAGUUUGAUGCACUUGGUUUGUUCAAAGUGUUAAUUAUCUUUUCUGAUGUAACUCUGGAGAUCAAUUUUGCUAGAGAAAAAAAUAAAAUUUCUUGCUGUUUUGCACCCCACUGAAA